AUGAUUUUAAAGAAUAUUAAGCCAUACCUCACUAGCCAGCUACGCAGUAGAGUAAGUAAUGUUGACGAACUGGUGAGAUUAGGCCAACAGCUUGAAAGAGACUUCGAACAGCAACAGCAGUAUGAAGGACGAAUGGGUCUCAAGCAACACAUGUCUAUGCCCCAAAAACCCAUUUCCAAUCGGCUAGGAGAGAAAGAGAAACCACCUUUAGUACAGUGUUGGCGAUGUAAAGGACAUCACUCACCUGGACACUGUCCUCACUUUGUCUCUGCUCAGUCACUUCAAACCAAUCGAUCCCACUCCGCUAGCAGUAAGCAGACAACAUUUCCAGCUCCCAAAGCUGGCGGUCCGCUUAUCAAUCACUCUGUUUCUGCCACGUUUACCAAAAAGACCCCAAAAACAUGUAAGAAUACACCACCUCCUGCAGCUGUGCCGCAACAAUUAGUUGUACCCCUGAGUAUUGCUACCUGGAAGGGGAAAGCCAUUGUUGAUACGGGUGCAAGUUACACUCUUCUUCAUGAGAAUCUUUGUAAAGAGCUCGGUGUACAAAGACUUCUUCCAUGGACCCGAGGUCCUCUUUACUUGGCGAAUGGAGAAGCAGAAAUUCCAUUAGGAUGGGUAAAUAUACCAGUCACUCUUCAUCACAAAGUUUUCAACAUACCUGCUGCUGUUCUUCCUGCUAAAGCUCUAGCCUAUGCUGUGGUACUAGGUUUGGACUUCAUUUUCUCCAGUGGACUCCAAAUCUAUGUGGCAGACCAAAAAUACUCCUUUAAGAGCAAUCCAAAGGAGGAUUUUCCCUUCCAGCCUGGAAAUGCCAGUGCACCAGCUAUCUAUUCCCAACCUCAAAAGGAAAAGAAAGAAAGUAAAAGUUCCAGUCUAUUUUUACUGAGUUCUGUUCCCCCUCCGCAAAAUGUCCUAUGUUUAUCGCCAGCUAAUCCUGAUGAGAAAACCCUAAUUAAUACUGUUGUAAGUGCUGCCGACUUACCUCCUGAAGACAAGCAACAGCUACGUCAGAUUCUGGAGUCCAACCCGCAAAUCUGCACACUUCGUCUGGGACGGACUAAAGUCCUUGAGCAUCACAUCUAUACCACCCACCAAGUGCCUAUCAAGCAGCGACCAUAUCGCACAAACCCUGCCAAGCAGGCUGUCAUAAAAGAACAGUUGGAGGAGAUGUUGGCUGCAGGUAUUGUGGAACCGUCACAUUCUGGAUGGGCCUCUCCUGUCGUCUUGGUUCCCAAAAAAGACGGAAGCCUCAGGUUUUGUGUGGAUUACCGAAAGGUUAAUGCCAGUACAGAGAAUGAUGCAUAUCCUCUGCCCAACAUUACUGAAAUCUUGGAAUCUCUUGCUGGAGCGUCCAUUUUUUCCACCAUUGAUCUUAACAGUGGAUAUUGGCAGGUAAGCAUGGAUCAGGAAAGUAAACAAAAGACUGCUUUCAUUACCCACUCAGGUCUGUUCCAGUUUAAUGUAAUGCCCUUUGGGUUAAAAAAUGCCCCUGCCACUUUUCAGAGAUUAAUGGAGUGUGUACUCGGAGAAUUGCGUGGAAGCAUUUGUUUUGUCUACAUUGAUGACAUAAUUAUUUACUCUCCAUCUGUAGCCCAGCAUUUCUUGGACAUUCAGGCUGUUCUUCACAAGCUGGAAUUAGCUGGC